UAUAAUUAAUUUAUUGUCUUAUCACACCAUUUGUGAGGAAGAGCGGCGUUGAUGGAGUGCGAGAGGGCGACACGUCGUGAGGAGUUGCGUGGGUUGAGGAGUCUUCUCACAGUCACUGUUCGUGGGUUGACGGUGAAGGAGUAGAAUUUUUGCGAGCAUCAUCGAUUCCCCAUCGCGUCUCUCUCACUCUCUGGCAGGAAAUGAAAGGCACUUUGCAGGCAGCGAUUGCGACUUGCCUUCUGGCCAUCGCGACCGCUCAGCAGGGAUGCGAUUACAGGCAAACACUCGUGGCCGGAAGGAGUUACGACGUCUUUUCGCCAGGAUAUCCACAGCGGUACAGAGGAGAGCAGAAUUGUCGCUGGACAGCCGUGGCUCCGGCCGGAAUGAUCAUCCACAUUGACUGCAGAGUGAUGGAAUUGCCGACGAGCACCAAUUGCCGCAAUGACCGCGUCCUCGUGUCCCGAGAAGGACUGGCCAGUCUCUCGGGGGCGCUAUCCUUCUGCGGCACCACUCGCAUCAUCGAGCAGUCGGUGGGAAACACCUUGGUUGUGGGCUUCAGGAGUCCCAGGACGUCACUCGGCGGUCGAUUCUUGUGCAGUCUGACCGCAAGACCAUGCGAAUGCGGCCGGAGACGAACGUCUAGAAUUGUUGGCGGAACUGAAGCGGGUGUGAAUGAAUUUCCGAUGAUGGCAGGACUUGUGGACUCUCGGAUUAGAAGUGUGAUUUGCGGCGCUGUGAUAAUUUCCAACAGUCACGCCUUGACCGCUGCUCACUGCACCAGAAGUGUGGCCGUGACCAGAGCAGGGCUGCUGGUGGGAGAGCAUGACCUCAGCACCGGACUGGACACUCCCUUCACGCAACUCCUGACCGUCUCCCGCUACAUUGUGCAUCCCGGCUAUCUAGCCAACCCCAGUCGCAAUGACAUCGCGCUGGUGCAGCCUCGGACGCUUAUCUUCUUCAACGCCGGAGUGGCGCCAGUCUGCCUCCCCUUUCUCCAUAGCGCAAACACCUUUCAGGGCACUCGAGUCGAGGCCGCCGGUUGGGGAACACUCGAGUAUGGAGGACCACGAAGCAAUCGCCUGCAGCGAGUUACGCUCGACGUGGUGGCGAAUUCGGUGUGCACCUCAAGACUCAACAAUCCCAACAUUCUGACGUCCCACUUGUGCACCUUCACGCCGGGCAGAGACACUUGUCAGUACGAUUCCGGAGGACCACUCAUGUGGACGAAUCCUCGCAACGGACUGCUGUACCUCACUUCGCUGGCCAGCUUCGGCUCACAGUGCGCAACCACACCGUCCGUGAAUACCCGGGUCACGAGCUUCCUGACCUGGAUCCGACAGAACACGCCCGGCGUCCAGUAUUGCACACUUUAGGCACGCCCGGAAGCGAUGCACGAGACAUCCAUCGCGGCAUUUGUAUGCGGAUGCAUUGGGCAUCAUCCUGAGACAUCCUGGGACAUUGUGAGUUAUUUGUGAAAAUUUGAA